UCGUCGGCCGCCGCGCGCGCUCCAGCCGAGCCUCCGCCCGCACCGACCCCGGAGCCGGGCCGCACCGGGGAGGGGCCGCUCCGGCCGCAGCGCGAGGGCAAGAGGGGCGGCGGGGAGCCGGCACCGGGCGCGGCCGGCGCAGCGACCAUGAUCGCUUUGUUCAACAAGCUUUUGGACUGGUUCAAGGCCCUGUUCUGGAAGGAGGAGAUGGAGCUCACGCUGGUCGGGCUGCAAUACUCGGGCAAGACCACCUUCGUCAACGUGAUCGCGUCGGGGCAGUUCAAUGAAGACAUGAUCCCCACCGUGGGCUUCAACAUGCGCAAGAUCACGAAAGGCAACGUGACCAUCAAGCUCUGGGACAUCGGGGGACAGCCCCGCUUCCGUAGCAUGUGGGAGCGCUACUGCCGAGGAGUGAGUGCCAUUGUGUACAUGGUGGACGCAGCUGACCAAGAGAAGAUCGAAGCCUCGAAGAAUGAACUCCACAACCUACUGGACAAGCCUCAGCUGCAGGGCAUCCCGGUCCUAGUCCUGGGUAACAAGCGAGACCUCCCAGGAGCGCUGGAUGAGAAGGAGCUGAUUGAGAAAAUGAAUCUGUCUGCCAUCCAGGACCGAGAGAUCUGCUGCUACUCCAUCUCCUGCAAAGAGAAGGACAACAUUGACAUCACCCUACAGUGGCUUAUCCAGCACUCAAAGUCACGGAGAAGCUGAGACUGCGGCCCCUCCCCUCUGACCAGGGACCGCCAUCCAAACUGAAGCCGAGCUCCCGCCCCCCUCCCCGCUGCCCCCCCUCAAAGCCCACCCCUCCUUAUUCGGUGUGGGGAGGGGUCCUCUGGGCGUCCCAGAGUCCUGUUCUGCUGAGGUUUGAACUCCUGAUUUUAUUGUAAAAUAAAUCGCUCCCAUCUGAUCCCCUAACCUCCCCCACCCUGCGCUGCUUCCUCUUCCCCCUACAGCCCCUGGCGCCACAACCCCGCCUCCUCUCUCCUCCAAGCCCUGCUUCCCUUUUCCACACUCUUCUGUUAUUGUCCUGUGUGUACAGUAUAUAUAUGUAUAUAUAUUUUAAUUUUUUAAUUUAAGCAAAGACUAAAAUCAACCAUUUGAUGCUGCAGGGGCCAGUCAGGAUCUGGGAGGGGGGGCUCUGAAGAGAAGGGGGUUGGCUGGGGAGGGUUCAGAUCAGGAGAGGUAAGGCGGGCACCUGGGCAGGUACCAGCCUGCUCACAGGUGGCUGGCCCCAACCCUGUUUCUUUCUACUUCCCAGUCUGGCCUGUCCCCACAGUGCUUGAAUGUCACAGGCUGGCGGGAGCCUCCAGAGAUGCCCUUCUCUCUCCCCAGCCUCAGGAGGGCCACCAGGCACCACCAGGUGCCAGAGACCGGGGGCUGAGAGGGCAGGAGGCCAGCGUCCACGGUGCCCCAGCAGCUCCUCCUGCCUGUUCCUGGCUCCCAGCCCCUGCCCCUCCCCGGGCCCCCACCUCCAUGGCCACCUCAUUUUCUGUUCUCGUUUUGCAGGUUGCACAAGGAGAGAACUCAGCACGGGGGGUUGGUUCUUUGGGUUUUGUUUUCUGUUUAUUUGUUUAAUUUAAUGAUUUGUAAAGUGAUGUUCCUCUUCCUUUUUUACACUUUUCAGCUCAUAUUUAACCUCUGUUUGGAAAGUGAUUCUUGUAACUGUACAUUUUUUUGCCUCCUAACAAGAAUAAAUGACGAUUUUGUGUU